AUGCGAGGAUUCUUCCUCAGCGAAGAGGAGCUGGGUAAGAAGGAUGAUGACCAUAAGCCCUUUAAGAAUGGCACUGGUUUGCGACAGCCUAAUUGGCAUCCUGCUAGAGUCACUCCGCGACGGUCGCUCAAACGUAUAGCCAUCGCGCUUGUCGUAACUGUGGUCAUCUAUCUCUUCAUCAAGAAUAUACCCGACCUCGGCCCUAACGCACAGAUGCGCCGUCCUAGCUACACCUACUUAGAGGACCUCGAUGCCGCUAUUCCCAAGCGCCCGUCUUACGAACGGUCUAAAUCCCCCCCGACUAAACCGAAUACCCGUCUGCCGAACACGCCCGAGCGCGACUUCAAUGGACCCGUCAAGUUCCUUGAGCUGGCGCAGACACUACAUGCCAUCGGUGGCACAAGAGGGACAAUGGCGAUGAAUAGGAAUGUUCUAUUUGCGACCUCGAGCCUUAAGAGCGCGGCGACGCUGCUGCCGAUCGCCUGCCAGAUGGGAUUAGAACUACAGAAUUAUGUGCACUUUGCCCUAAUGAGUCGGAGCGAUAUCGAUAUACGAGACCUGCGGAAACUUAACGGCAUCGACGAUUCUUGUCAUAUUAUAUUCCACGAUGCGCGUACCGACUAUGCUCAGGUAUCGACAGACGAUCGAAUGGAAAAUGCGGUAUUUCGAGCGUUACAUCACGUCUUUUAUUACAUGCACCCUCAAGCUAUUUUUGUAGAUGGUUCAAGUGAUGAGGAACCGUUCUUCCUACGAGCCGUACAGCAGCACGCAAAUGUCAAGAAGAAUACUUUAAUUGAGCUACCGCGUGGUUCCGGGAAAAGGCUUGAGUGGCUAACAAAGCUCGAUAGUCAGGCUUUACGCAUGUGGAAUAAAGUGCAUAUUGAUAUUCUUAUUCAUGCAGUACCGGGGACUUCGGGGAGCUUGAUCAGACUUCUUAGAUCACUUAGUGCUGCGGACUAUACUUCGGGUUCAGUCCCUCAUCUCACCAUCGAGCUUCCUCACGACAUUGACACAUCAACUAAGCACUUUCUCGAAACGUUCGCCUGGCCACCCGCCCAUAUACCUAAUCCGACUAAUGCACGGCAUCUUUCUCUCCGCCAUCGUAUACCUCGCAAGAGGAUGAAUGAGGAGGAGAGUUCUGCUCAUUUUCUUGAAUCUUUCUGGCCGGCCCAGCCAGAGCUCUCACAUAUAUUAGUACUCUCUCCACAAGCCGAAUUAUCCCCUGAUUUCCUCAAUUACUUAAAAUAUUCUUUAUUAGAAUACAAAUACUCAGCUAUUUCCACCCACCAGCACUGGGAUCGCCGGCUUUUUGGCAUCAGCCUCGAACAACCACUCCAGUUACUGGACGGAAAAGGCUCAUUUUCUCCGCCUUCAAUACUGCAAAACUCCAAGUCUAGCGAUGCUCCACAGAAUGAAGCUUCAACCUCGUUCCUGUGGCAAGCACCUACUAGCAAUGCUGUGCUUUUCCUAGGCGACAAAUGGGUAGAGCUACACGAUUUCGUCUCCAGAUCGCUAGAAGCUAAGCAGGAGUCGGACCCUACCCCAGCGCUCCUGUCAGAAAAGGCCGUGAGCAUACAACAUCCGUCUUGGCUGGAACAUGCCCUAAGACUAGCCCGAGUACGCGGCUAUUGGAUGUUGUAUCCCGGCAUCGACACCGCUAGGAACCUGGCCACGGUCCAUAGAGAGCUAAAGCAUAUACCCGAGGAGUAUGCUACUAAAGAAAAUUCGAAGCCGCUCUUGGCGGACGACGCAACCGAGGAAGAGAUCGAAAAUAUUAGACAAAAGAUCCGAGCAGGGUCGGAGAUUACCCUUGCCCCGGUAUCCCUACUCGACAGCCUUCCUAAUAAAGGAAGCCUGCGCCCAUUUGGCGACUUGCCCAUACUAGCUUGGGAUGGCCGGGAGACAGAUUUCGAAGAACUGAACUCCCUCUCCACUAAGUACUCGGCCGAAUUCAGAGAGAAAGCUGGUAACUGUGCGACAGAACCUGCGGAAAAAUUGAAAGAGAAGGAGCAUUUGUCGACACAAGAUCUAUUCUGUAUAACAGAAUGA